AUGGCGUUCUCGAAUAGUAUUUUCUCUGCAACUCAUUUUUCAUCUUCCUUCACUUGUACUCCUCCUUCUUCUGCGAUCAGCAGGCAGACUCGUUUUCCCGCUCAAAUUACUUCUCCAGAUCUAUCGCCUGCUUUGUUCGAUGAUCGCCGGAAGUUCGUCGAAGGCGUAAUGUCUCUCUCGACGAUGAGUAUAAGAAACCGUGUAUAUGCUUCGAUUAACAGCACUGACGCCACUCCAUCUUAUCCGAAAUCGGAAGAUGAUGACGACCGUGUUCCAAUGCCAAUGGUUUUGAUUGACCAGGAUGCUGACCCUGAAGCCACUAUCGUACAGCUCAGUUUUGGAGAUCGUCUUGGGGCCCUCAUUGACACUAUGAGGGCGCUGAAAGAUUUGGGAUUGGAUGUAGUAAAAGGAACUGUCUCAACUGAAGGAUCCGUGAAACAGACGAGGUUUUCUAUAACAAAACUAGACACCGGUCGGAAAGUGGAAGAUCCUGACUCGUUGGAGCAAAUUCGGUUAACAAUCAUCAACAAUCUCUUGAAAUACCAUCCGGAAUGCAGCGAGCAACUUGCAAUGGGUGAGACAUUUGGAAUAAAGGCUCCGGAAAAGAAGAUCGAUGUGGAUAUCUCGACUCACAUACAUGUGAAAGAAGACGGACCAAAAAGGAGCCUGCUUUGCAUAGAGACAGCGGACAGGCCAGGUCUGGUUGUAGAGAUGAUCAAAGUGAUGGCAGAUAUCAACAUUGAUGUAGAAUCCGCAGAGAUUGACACAGAAGGACUGGUUGCGAAAGACAAGUUUCACGUGAGCUACCAAGGACAAGCACUGAACAAUUCCUUGUCACAGGUGUUGGUGAACUGUCUGCGUUACUUCCUGAGAAGGCCUGAAACUGACAUUGACAGCUAUUAA